GGGAGAGCCGGGCAAGGAGGAGGACGCCCCGGGCUGCUCCAUGCGCCUCGGCGUCCACGAGCUCCCACGUCGGCGAGAGAAGGACGGGGGAGCGGGGUACUCGAGCCUCGGCAUGUUGCCGUCCUCGAGGUACUCAUUAUCCCUUAAUUAAUAAUCAUUAAUUAAUCCUAACAAAAAUAAUGCUUUCUAAACAAAAAAAAUUCGUUAUGACUCGUGGCUCACGAGGUUGGUUAUUAUACAAUUUCCAUCUGUCCGUUUCAAAAAAAUAAUACAAUUUCCAUCUGUCAAGACUCAUACGUGGCUCAUGAAGGCUUGAUAAGUCCACUCUCAAUGGGAGGUACCACUAUUAAUAAUAGGAACUUAGAAGCUCUGAAUGCACGGACACGGCUCACUCUCAAUGGAGCUACCACCAUGGGCGCCCUUCCUCGGCGUCGCGCUCGCCACCGUGCUCUUCCUCGAGGCCGUCUUCCGUCGCAGCCGUCAGGCAUACAACCUCCCGCCGGGCCCUAAACCGUGGCCGAUCAUCGGCAACCUGAACCUCAUGGGCGCGCUCCCGCACCGCUCCAUCCACGCGCUCUCCAAGAGGUACGGCCCUCUCAUGUACCUCCGGUUCGGAUCGUUCCCCGUCGUGAUCGGCUCGUCGGUUGAGAUGGCCAAGUUCUUCCUCAAGACCCACGACAUGGUGUUCCUCGACCGGCCCAAGAUGGCCGCCGGCAAGUACACGACGUACAACUACAGAGACAUGACCUGGUCCCCGUACGGCGCCUACUGGCGCCAGGCGCGCAAGGUGUGCCUCACCGAGCUCUUCAGCGCCAAGCGGCUCGAUUCAUAUGAGUACAUCCGGAGCGAGGAGAUGCGCGCGCUCCUGCGAGACCUGCACGAGGCCUCCCGGUCCCGGCGCGCCGUGGUGCUCAAGGACUACUUGUCCACCUUGAGCCUGAACGUGAUCACGCGCAUGGUGCUGGGCAAGAAGUACCUGCACAGGGAGGCAACGGACGAAGGGGGCUCCGGCUCCGCGACGACCCUGGCGGAGUUCAAGCGGAUGGUCGACGAGUGGUUCUUGCUCAACGGCGUGCUCAACAUCGGCGACUCCAUCCCGUGGCUGGACUGGAUGGACCUGCAGGGGUACAUCAAGAGGAUGAAGAAGCUGAGCAAGAUGUUUGAUCAGUUCCUCGAACAUGUAGUGGACGAGCACAACGACAGACGCCGAGUCGAGGGGGAGAGCUUCGUCUCCAAGGACAUGGUGGAUGUGCUACUCGAGAUAGCCAGAGACCCCAAUCUUGAGGUGCAGAUCGACCGGGAUAGCGUCAAGGCUUUCAUUCAGGACCUCCUCGUCGGCGGCACGGAGAGCUCGGCGGUCGCAGUCGAGUGGGCGAUCUCGGAGCUCCUGAAGAAGCCGGAGGUGUUGGCCAAGGCGACCGAGGAGCUGGACCGCGUGGUGGGGCGAGGCCGCUGGGUGACGGAGAAGGACAUCCCGAGCCUCCCCUACGUGGAGGCCAUCGUCAAGGAGACGCUGCGGCUGCAUCCGGUGGCGCCGAUGCUGACUCCCCGGCUGUCCCGCGAGGAGGCUUCCAUCGGUGGCUACGACAUCCCCGUCGGCACACGCGUGUUCGUCAACGUGUGGUCCAUCGGCCGCGACCCGGCGGUGUGGACUGCGCCGGAGGAGUUCACGCCGGAGCGGUUCCUUGGCAGCAAGAUGGACGUCAAGGGGCAGGAUUUCGAGCUGCUGCCCUUCGGGUCCGGCCGGCGGAUGUGCCCCGGGUACAGCCUCGGGUUGAAGGUGAUUCAGGCGAGCCUCGCCAACCUGCUGCAUGGUUUCGCCUGGAGGCUCCCGGACGGCGUGGCGACGGACGAGCUCAGCAUGGAGGAGACCUUCGGUCUGUCGACGCCGCGCAAGUUCCCGCUAGAGGUCGUGUUAAAACCCAAGCUCCUCGAUCACCUCUACACAGCGGGUCAUCGAACCCAAUAAGAGUUGCGUGAAUGGCGCCUCCUGGCGCGUGCCACGUCGAAUGCCUGGGUUACUCUCACAAAAAAAAUGUCUGGGUUGGCCAGAAAAAUAAAAGGGACAAAAAAAGUGGGGAAA